CCUCUUUAGAACACAUGCAAUAGCAAAUAAACAAAGCCUUCUUCUUCUUCUUCUUCUUCCAACAAUGAGUCAUCAUAAGUUCUUAUUUUCUCUUCUCCUCGCCAUUUUUGCCAUUAAAGCUUCCGCAGAUACAGGCCCUGCAACAUUUUAUAAUCCUCCAUAUACACCUUCUGCGUGUAACGGCUAUCAAAACGAUGGGGUUUUGAUAGCAGGAGCGAGCAGCAAGUUCUGGAACAACAGAGGUGCGUGUGGAAGUUAUUACAGAGUGCGUUGCUUAGGAUCCACGAAUGAGUUUCCAAAUCCAUGCACUGGUGCAGAAGUGACUGUAAAGAUUGUGGAUUACUGCCCUCCACCAUUUUGCAAUGGCGAUAUAAACCUCUCUCGUGAUGCCUUUCAGCGUAUUUCCCAGCUUAAGGCUGGCAGGAUAUGGGUCUCUUAUGACAAGAUCUAAUGCAUGGUUGGGUGAUAUAUUGAAGAAAUAAGGAGGAGAAAGACUCAUAUAUACAUAGUAAUGUUCUAAUGGAAUAAGUUAUAUAUGCAAAUGGUUAUGUUGCUUUAAUGUAAUCUUAUGUUGAGAUUGCUAUUUUGGCAAAAUAAUGUGCUUCUUAUGUGAUCGAUAUUUUGCUUUAUAUAUAGUGUUUAGCUAUUUUGAUCUCUAA